AUGCUUUGGGUGAUUAAAGACAAAGGUGAAUCUUGGACCGGUCAAUAUUUUCGUGACAUUAUUUUAAUGCAACACGUAUUUCCAUUCCUCACCGACGAGGAAAACGUAAUUGAUCUGGAUAAUGUGAUAUUUGUUCACGAUAAAGCACCGUGUAUGCGAGCAAACAUGACUCAACAUCUGAUUAGAGAUAACAAAAUCGAGUUUUGGGGCAAUGAUAUUUGGCCUGGUAAUUCGCCCGAUCUCAAUGUGGCGGAACAUAUUGGAUCAAUAAUGAAAGAUGAAGUUGAACAAAAAAUGUUAUCGGAAACUGGACAUAAUCGAUAUAGUGAAGACACACUUAAAAAGCACAUUGCGGAUGUUUUGACGGACAUGGAAGAAAAUACCGAAUUGUUUGAAGCUCUUUUAUGUUCGUAUCCAUCUCGACUUCGUGCAGUAAAGAGUGCUAAUGGUCGUCAUACUGAUUAUUGA